UUUAAAACCCCAUUCUAUUAUCUAAAUCUAACAUGCCUAGGGCAUGAACCUAUCUCCAAUUUUCAAAAUCCCAUUCCCUCAUUCACCCCAUUUCUGAAACCAAUGUUGAAGCUCAUUUCAUCCUCGCGCAUCCAUCGGCGACACCCCACGGUGGGUCCGGUGCUCCGACUCGCAGCCGAUUCCACCUCGCCGCUUCUUAGAGUGCUGGGUUCCCUCGGCGGGUUAAGCUCGGGGAACAGUAAUUUGGGACGCAGGUUGUUUUUCUGUUCAGAUUCCGGCGACGGUUCCGAUCACGUGGUUGACGCCGAAGUCAAAGCGGCUGAGGAGUCCCAGUCAAAGGCAUCUGCCAUCGUGUCCACGUAUCCCAGACCCGAAGAUUAUCUCACUGUUUUGGCAUUACCAUUGCCACAUAGACCACUUUUCCCAGGGUUUUACAUGCCAAUCUAUGUUAAGGAUCCCAAAUUGUUGGCAGCUUUACAGGAAAGUCGAGAACGACAAGCCCCGUAUGCUGGUGCUUUCCUCCUUAAGGAUGAGCCAGAGACUGAUCCUAGUGUAGUAUCUAGCUCUGACACAGAAAAAAAUGUAUAUGAUUUAAAAGGAAAAGAGUUGUUUAACCGUCUUCACGAAGUUGGGACUCUUGCUCAAAUUUCAAGUAUCCAUGGGGAUCAGGUGUUCCUGAUUGGUCAUCGGCGUUUACGCAUAAUAGAGAUGGUUAGUGAGGAUCCACUUACUGUAAAAGUUGAUCAUCUCAAGGAUCAAGCUUAUAAUAAAGAUGAUGAGAUUAUAAAGGCCACAUCUUUCGAGGUUAUAUCAACCCUGAGGGAUGUUCUUAAAACAAGUUCCCUUUGGAGAGAUCAUGUUCAGACUUACACUAAGCAUAUAGGUGAUUUUACUUAUCCAAGGCUUGCAGAUUUUGGAGCUGCAAUAUCUGGGGCAAACAAAUUGCAAUGCCAACAAGUUCUUGAAGAGCUAGAUGUGUAUAAACGAUUAAAACUUACGCUGGAGUUGGUAAAGAAAGAGAUGGAAAUCAGCAAGAUCCAGGAAUCAAUUGCAAAAGCAAUUGAAGAAAAGAUAAGCGGUGAGCAGCGCCGUUACUUGUUAAAUGAGCAGCUUAAGGCCAUAAAGAAGGAAUUGGGCCUAGAGACUGAUGACAAAACAGCUCUCACUGGUAAAUUCAGGGAAAGGAUUGAACCAAAAAGAGAAAAGUGCCCACCUCAUGUUUUACAAGUCAUAGAUGAAGAACUCACAAAGCUGCAGCUGUUGGAGGCUAGUUCUAGCGAAUUCAGUGUUACCCGUAACUACUUGGACUGGUUGACAGCAUUGCCUUGGGGUGAAUACAGUGAUGAGAACUUUGAUGUUACUCGGGCGCAAAACAUUCUUGAUGAAGACCAUUAUGGAUUAACUGAUGUGAAGGAAAGGAUAUUGGAAUUCAUAGCUGUUGGGAAAUUAAGAGGGACUUCACAAGGGAAGAUUAUCUGUCUUUCUGGUCCACCAGGGGUGGGCAAAACAAGUAUUGGCCGUUCGAUUGCACGUGCCUUGAACCGUAAGUUCUUCCGAUUCUCUGUAGGAGGAUUAGCUGAUGUGGCUGAAAUCAAGGGUCAUCGUCGAACAUAUAUUGGUGCUAUGCCAGGGAAGAUGGUACAAUGCCUUAAGAAUGUUGGAACAGCCAAUCCUCUUGUUUUGAUUGAUGAGAUUGACAAAUUAGGAAGAGGACAUGCUGGUGAUCCUGCAAGUGCUUUGUUAGAGCUUCUGGAUCCAGAGCAGAAUGCUAAUUUCCUGGACCACUAUCUUGAUGUUCCCAUUGAUCUAUCAAAGGUUCUUUUUGUGUGCACUGCAAAUGUAGUGGAAAUGAUACCCAAUCCCCUGUUGGAUAGGAUGGAGGUUGUUGCCAUUGCUGGGUAUAUUACCGAUGAGAAGAUGCACAUUGCAAGAGAUUAUCUGGAGAAGAGUACACGUGAAGCAUGUGGAAUAAAGCCUGAACAAGUGGAAGUCACUGAUGCUGCUCUUCUUGCCCUAAUAGAAAAUUACUGCCGAGAAGCAGGGGUCAGGAACCUCCAAAAGCACAUAGAAAAAAUUUACAGAAAGAUAGCACUACAACUUGUGAGGCAAGGGGAAACAAUUGAUGCUCCUGUUGCUAGUGCUCAGUCUAUUGAACCCAAAAAAGCCGAAGUAGAUUUUGAUGAAUCAGUUCAAAAUAUAAUUCAAAAAGAGAACUCCGUGGAGAGUAGUAAUCCUGAACGAAUGGUUGAAACCUCUACAGAAGUUGACAAGGUCCAAACCGAUCUACUAGCUGAUCAAUCUACUGAUAUGGAGGUUGCAAAAGAAAGGGAUGAAGGUAAGGAAAUUGAAACAAAGAUGAUUGAGAAAGUCGUGAUUGAUAAAUCAAAUUUAACUGACUUUGUUGGCAAGCCUGUCUUCCAUGCUGAGCGCAUCUAUGAUCAGACACCUACUGGGGUUGUUAUGGGUCUUGCCUGGACUGCAAUGGGUGGUUCCACUCUUUAUAUAGAGACCACCAUUGUUGAGGAAGGGGAGGGAAAAGGAGCGCUGCAUGUCACUGGUCAAUUAGGAGAUGUGAUGAAAGAAAGUGCCCAGAUAGCUCACACAGUGGCCAGAGGAAUACUACUGGAAAAAGAACCAGGGAAUCCUUUUUUUGCAAAUUCAAAGUUACACCUUCAUGUUCCUGCAGGGGCUACACCUAAGGACGGACCUAGUGCUGGUUGCACGAUGACCACUUCACUGUUGUCCCUUGCCUUGAAGAAGCCUGUGAAGAAGGAUCUAGCAAUGACUGGAGAAGUGACACUUACUGGGAAGAUUCUUCCCAUUGGCGGGGUUAAGGAGAAAACCAUAGCCGCGAGGAGGAGUGAAGUUAAGACUAUUGUAUUCCCUUCGGCUAACAGGAGAGAUUUUGAUGAGCUAGCGCCUAAUGUGAGAGAAGGUCUUGAUGUUCAUUUUGUUGAUGACUACAUACAGAUCUUUAAUUUGGCUUUUGGGGAAGAGCAGUCUCAGAAUAUAGAGAAGUAAGUUACUAAUGUCCGGUAGGAUCUUGAGAUGAAACUCGAUUCUUUGUUGAGCUGGGAACCAGCCUGACUUGUGUCCUAUAUUUGAUUAGUACCAAUGGUUUUUGGAAUUUUUAUUCAUCUGUUGGGCACGAAGUAUCAUUUCCCUUUUUCAGA